AUGGGCUCUUGGUUACAGGUGGUCACCCUCCCUUGCCUGAGUCUGAUCCUGGUUAUCUGGAGCCAGAUACCAGGGUUCCAGAGCCAAAUAUUCCAAUUUGGGCCCUGCCGAGUGGAAGGGGUCAAUCUCCAGCAACUGCGUGAGGCCUUCAGGGCCAUCCAGGACACUGUGGUGACUCGGGAUAAUAACACCAGCAUCCGGCUGUUGCAUCAGGAGGUUCUACAGAAUGUCUCGGAUGCUGAGAGCUGUUACCUUAUCCACUCCCUGCUGAAGUUCUAUUUGAACACCAUUUUCAAAAACUACCACAACAGAAGAGAUGAAUUCAAGACCCAGAAAUCAUUCUCUACUCUGGCCAACAACUUUAUUGUCAUCAUGUCAAAACUUCAACCCAGUCAGGAAAAUGAGAAGUUUUCCAUCAGUGAGAGUGCGCGCAGGCGGUUUCUGCUGUUCCAGGGAGCAUUCAAACGGUUGGACAUAGAAGCAGCUCUGACGAAAGCCUUUGGGGAAGUGGACAUUCUCCUGACAUGGAUGGAGAAAUUCUACAAGCUCUGAAUGUCCGGACCAGGAGAGUGUCCUCGUUUGUUCUCCGUGUAAUUUCAAACAGGUGUCCCUUCUUGUGCUGCUCACUGGGCACUUCACACUCUUGGCCUUG